ACAUGUGUCACAUGGCCAGUAAGCAGCUGCAAAUUGUAUACAUUUAAUUUAAAAAAAAAAAUUUUUUUUUAAAGAGAUACAGAAAUUUUUGCUGACAACAAUAAUAGUUUAAAGUGUAUUUAAUGAAAUGUAAAUAAUUGAAAAUGGUGAAUGAAGAAAUGUCAAAUAACGUUUUGGAAAUAAUGAAUAAUUCUAAUAUAAUAGAAGAAUCUGAAAGUAUAAUUAAUGAAACUAAAUCGACUGAACAGAAUUUAAGUAAACGACAAUUAAAAAGAUUAAAGAAAACUGAAAAAUGGAUUCAGAGAAAAUCUGAAAAGAGGCUAAAGGAAAGAACAAAACUCAAGGAAAAACGUGCAUUUGCUCGUGCAAAUAAUAUUAAUCUUGGACCAUCAAGAAAAGUUUUAAAAAGAUGUACAAUGGCAAAUAGUACUUGUCAAAUAAAUGUUUCCAUAGAUUUAUCAUUUGAUGAUUUAAUGAUUGACAAAGAUGUUGCAAAAAUGAUUAAACAAAUUUUAAGAUGUUAUACUUUAAAUAGAAGAGCUUCAGCACCAUUACAAUUUUCACUGACAAAUUUUACUGGGAAAUCGCAACAAGAAAUGAAAAAACACAAUGGUUAUGAACAUUGGGAUGUUAAAUUUCAUGCAGAGCACUAUUCGAAUUUAUUUGACAAGGAGAAAAUUGUUUAUCUUACAAGUGAAUCAGACAAUGUUGUUGAAAAUUUGGACAAUGAUACUGCGUACAUAAUAGGCGGUCUAGUCGAUCAUAAUGCUCAAAAAGGUCAUUGUCAUAAAUUAGCAAAAAAUAAUGGUAUAAAACACGGACGUCUACCUUUGGAUAAAUAUUUAAAUAUGAAAACAAGAAAAGUUUUAUCUAUCGUUCAUGUGUUUGAAAUAAUUUUGAGAAUAAGUGAAGGUAAGAGUUGGGAAGAAACUUUACUUCAAGUUUUGCCAGAAAGAAAAAAUGCUCAACCAAUUUCACAUUGUUCAAGUCCAAUAAUUGAAGAGGAAAUAAAACAAUUGUAGUAUUGUUUAUGCAAUGAAAAAGAAAAAUAAAUAUUGAUACUUAAUAACGGAGUGGAACGUCUUAAUUAUUGAAAAGACAAAAUUUAUAAUAUUGGUGUAUAAAAUUCUAAUUCUCAUUUCUAAGGUAUGCAGUUUUAUAUGCUUAAUUGACAAUUACUUUAAUUACUAUAGAAAAUUUAAGUAACGUCUUCUGCCGUUUUUAUUAUUUUUUUUUUCGUUUAAUUUAGAAUUCCAUAUUUAUGAAAAAAUAUCUAUUUUUAAAAUAAUUGAAUUUUUUCUUCAAAGAUUUUUUUGUUUUUAAUAACUCAUAAAUCACGGCAAUAAUAUUUACGUUCUGUUUCAAAAAAAUAAAUUGCGUUUUAUCCUCAAAAAUUCGUGUAUAUAUAUAUAUAUAUACUUAUAUUUAAUAUUUAAAGCUAAAUUAUUUGUCCUUUGAAAUAUAUAUCGCAUUAUAUGAGCAGACAUUAAAAUCAAUCAGCUAAUUAAUACAUAUAUUUGCAUUUGUAUAGAAAUUGAAUUUCUCUUUUUUUCUUCUCAAAAAAAAAAAAAACUGUUAUGGCCUUUGAAUAAAAAUUUGCAACAAAAAUCAAUCAUACAUCUUUAAAA